UUUUUAAAACCUAUUCUUUUCUAAUCAGGCGCAUUAAAGGGCAGGCAGUCUUAAUAAGGACCAAACCGGAUACUAAUGACAACAAAACGACCUCCUGGUCUCUGGAGGAUCAGGUACAGGUUCAGGUUCAGAUCUAGGUCCAGGUCUACUCCUGCACAGCUGUAGUCAACGCCGUGUCCUAACAAGGAUAGCUGAUCUCGCGGGUGCCUGUGUAGUACCAGGACUCAUGCUGUACCGCGGAGAGGUUCUGUGUCUUUAAGGCCGGACCUGACGGCCCUCUCUCGGCUGACGACUGCCACGGUGCGGCGCCUGUUCAUUGCCCGGAUCCUCAAACCCGCUUUGUGCAUUUAGGAGCGUGGACUGAUGCGUGUCUGUCGGUACAUGCGCUGUUUAUGGUUAACGAUGCAGUGACGGAGAAGAAAAGGCUUUGUUUUGUCCGCCGGUGGUUCGUGCUGUUGGAGCUGCACUUUUACUGGAGAAUGCCAGGAGGAGCCAUAGCUACGUUGCCGCACCGAUAGCGCUGAAAUACGCAAACACGUCACUGACAUGAAGAAAGACAUCGAGACUCUGAUUGCAGAAGAACGUGCUGAGAUCAUCCUGAAAUAUGCGACUGGCAGGCAGGGCGGCGUGGAGAUCGACCCCUGGGAAGAUGCUGACUACAGCGUCUACAAAGUCACCGAUCGUUUUGGCUUCAUGCAUGAGGAAGAACUGCCAGCCCCGACAGCACAUGAGGACAAGCUGAAGCAGCUGGAGGUCGCCAGAGCUGAGAAGUGGCUGAAGAUGGUGAAGAAGUGGGAUAAAUACAAGAGCAGUGACAGGAUGGUGAAACGGGUCUACAAGGGAAUUCCUCUGCAGCUCAGAGGCAGAGCCUGGGCACUGAUGCUGGAUGUGGAGGGAGCCAAGAAAGACACCCAGUGCAAGUAUGAGGUAUGUUCACGAAUUCCGACCUCAGAGUCAGACCAGCAUCUCUGCGUUUCUACAGGAACAUCAGUACAAACGUGUAACACUUGUAGAUGUUUGAUUUUCUUUCCUUCGUCGUUGCAGGAGGUCAGUUACUGUCAGGGUAUGAGUCAGAUCGCCGCGCUGCUCCUGAUGUUCAUGAAUGAGGAGGACGCCUUCUGGGCCCUGUCACAGCUGCUGACCAAUCAGAAACAAGGCAUGCACGGCUUUUUCAUACCUGGAUUCCCCAAACUUCACCGAUUCCAAACACAUCAUGAUCAGAUUAUUUCCAAACUCCUCCCCAAACUGAAGAAGCAUCUGGACAGAGAGCAGAUGUCUGCGGGGAUUUACAGCACAAAAUGGUUUCUCCAGUGUUUCAUCGACAGGACGCCGUUCACGCUGACCCUUCGUUUGUGGGACAUUUUCAUCCUGGAGGGGGAGAGGAUGCUCACCGCCAUGGCUUUCACCAUCCUGAAGAUACACAAAAAACGCCUGCUGAAGAUGUCUCUGGAGGAGCUCAGGGAGUUUCUGCAGGAGCGAAUCGCACAGACGUUUUUCUACAGCGACGACGUGAUCGUCGAGCAGCUUCAGGCUUCCAUGUCCGAGCUGCGGAGAAUGAAGCUGGACCUUCCACCGCCAGCGAAAAUGGACGAGUUUCCGUCUAAACCUCUCGGUCAGGAGUUGCCACUGAUGUUAAGUGCCGUCCAGUCCUCCAGAGACAAAACAGUGUCUGCCGGCCAGGUGCCCAGAGCUGGGCUGAGCCUACAAAUCAUCACUCAACAGCCUGACACCAUAUCACCCGACCAGAGCCCCUCCAAGGACCCCAGGGAUCUGGAGGUUGCAGGAGCUCCACUUCCCUCCCCCGACCCCAUCAUCAUCCACAGCCAGGCCCUCCUCACCCCCGAUGGCUCCCCACUAACGGGACCUCCACCGUAUCAGCCUCCAGACUGUCGCCCAGUCGAUGAGACGUCAGAUCAGGAGGCAGAUGAACCACGGACCGACGUAAUCCCAGAAUCUCAGUCGAGGUCACGCUUUUCAGAAACACCUCUGCCGACCACCUUUAGCACUGACCUGUCCUCCAUGGACGUCCACCGGACUCUGUCAAGUUCUGAGCUGCUUCAGUCCGAGAGCUCCUUGGCAGGUGAGGUGACGGAGGACAGUUAUGUGGUGGAGCUCCUGGAGCGAGCCUCAGCUGUGGGCACCAACAGUACCACGAACCAGGAGUUGAGCAAAGAGGAGCCACCUGCCACAUUAUAAAAUAACCUAAUACAAAGAAUUGAAAAUUAAUCAUCAAUAACCCGAUAACAAAGAUUUUUUUUUUUUAAUAAAAUCGAUUUGUACUGAUCAGUAAUUUUAUCUAUUUAUUGGAUAAUAUAUUAGUGAACGACUGAAACUACCUAAGUCUGGGCCUCUGCACAUCAAAGUAAAACUAAAAAUGUUUUAAAAAAAUGUUUAUCACAAAAUAGCAAAAAAUUCUGCGUUUGAAUCUAACGCUUUGCCAAGUUUUCAAAUGUCAUUUUUAUCUUUUGGCUGCUGCGACUUAUACUCCGGAAAAAUAUGGUCCUCCCAGUGAGAAUCUAAGAAUAUUUAACAACUGCAGCUCAGCCCUGAACUUUUACACAGUGAUUGAUGGACAAAAUAUGAUUAAUUGUUUUAGUAGUUUUAGUUAAAAAAAAAAAAAA